AUGGAUAUUUUCGAUUUGCACAUACUCUAUCAGAAUGUGGUCAUACAUGUAUAAAUUUAGAUAUUCGAAGUUUGUUUCGUUUGCAUUUCGAAUAAAAUGUACUGUCCCAAAUGUCCUAAUAUUUAAAUAACAAAAAGCACAAUUAGGAAGGAUCCCUAUUUAUAAUCCAUAGUUGAUAUGCUGUUCCCAUAAUUCUCAUAAGCUGAUUAAAUCAUUUUGGAUCGCUUAAAAAAACUAUUUGGAAGUAGCAUUGAUUUCAAUGAUUUAUAAAAUCUUCUGGUUGAAAAUAAUAAAAAAAAAAGGAAGAAUCAAAAAUUUGAAUAGAAACAAGGACUUGUUCAUUUAGUUUAGGAAACCUUCAAUGGAACCAUCUCUUACGAUUAGUUCAAGGAUAACAUUUAUGAUGAAUAAAAGUUUAAGCAAUUAUUGGAUUACGUCAGAAAAUAAAAAAUAGCUAGAGAAGAAUAACUGAUGAAUCGUGUACCAGGUUAAAAUAACACAAAUGGGUCUAAAUUAUCAGUUACCAUCAUCGGGAAAACAGAAUAAGAUAAAAAAAUUGCAAAACUAGAUUGCAAAGUCACCUAUCAUCCAAAUGAAUAAUAAGGGCUUAUCAAAAGAUUAAGGAAACUGGUGCUGAAAUCAGUUUUGAAAUAGGAUCUCAGUGAUUAGGUUAUUAACAAAAGUAAGGCAAAUCAUUAGAAUAUUGUUUUAUAUUUUAAGAAUAUUGAUUUAAGAGAUGAUGAAGAUGAAGAGUCGUUAUUCAUAGGAAUAGCUGAUCCAACUAUAGUUUAUGAAAUUUUAUUUAAGGCAUGA